GCUGCGUCGUGGUGGGUUGCGAGGGAGAAGAUGGAGGGCUACAGGCUCUUCCUGGCGCUGCUGGGCUCGGCGCUGCUGCUCGGUUUCCUCUCCGUCAUCUUCGCCCUGGUGUGGGUCCUCCACUACCGCGAAGGGCUCGCCUGGGACGGGGACGCUGCCGAGUUCAACUGGCACCCGGUUCUCAUCAUCACGGGCUUCGUGUUCGUCCAAGGGAUCGCAAUUAUUGUGUACAGGUUACCGUGGACCUGGAAAUGCAGCAAACUCCUGAUGAAAUUAAUCCAUGCUGGGUUAAAUACCAUUGCUCUGAUGCUUGCAAUUAUUUCCCUGGUGGCUGUUUUUGAUUUCCAUAAUGCCAAGAAGAUUCCUAACAUGUACAGUCUGCACAGCUGGAUUGGAUUGACUGCUGUCAUUUUUUAUGCUCUGCAGCUUGUUCUAGGUUUCGUGGUCUUCCUACUUCCCUUUGCUCCUGUUUCUCUUCGAGCAAUGGUUAUGCCAAUACAUGUUUAUUCAGGCCUUCUCAUCUUUGGAACAGUGAUUGCAACAGCACUAAUGGGAAUUACAGAAAAACUUAUUUUUGCUUUAAAGUUGCCUGCGUAUAGCAGCUCCCCAGAAGAAGCUAUUUUUGUCAACACUCUUGGUGUUCUGAUCUUGGUCUUUGGUGGUGUCAUUUUGUGGAUGGCAACAAGGCCCCACUGGAAGCGCCCAUGUGAACAGAAUUCAAAAACCCAACAGAGAAAUGGAGGAACAUUGGAUGAAAACAAAGAGGGGUCAACUAUGGCUGACUGCAGUAACGCAAAUAAGCCUGAUGUGGAGUUUGCUAACGAGGCAGCAGCUAGAAAACGAAAUGCCAAGUUUGAUGAAGCUGGUCAAAGGUCAACCAUGUAAAGAUGGUGGCUCUUUCAGCAGUACAUCUCGUAAUACCGAAAGGGCUACCUUUUCUCCCUCCUAGCCAUUAUAUAUUAUAUUAUACACACGCACACACACACACAAAUAUACAUAACUUGCUUAAUGCUGUUAGGAUUUUCAGAAUAACUGACUUCAAUUCUAGAAGAUCCCAUGCUUGUUGCUUAACUAUUUUUAUUAUAUCUUUUGAACAAAAGAAACAAUGGACUUGAAGAAAAUAUGUCUGUUUUCUACUGAUGCGAGGCCUGUUGUUUUAAGCUACUGGAAGGUUUCUUUGAGGAACAGCCUGCAAGUGUCUGGCUAGUUUUCUCUGUGCCCUCCUUUGUUUCAUUUGAGGGAAUUUAGAAAAACGUAAUGUUGGUAAUUUCUCUAAUGGGUUUUUAAAAUGUGUUGUGACUGCCUGAAGGAUUUCUAGGAAUGCGUGGAAUAAACAAAUUAGUAGAGACAAAGAUUUCAGACCAUGACCUGGUUCUGCAGUUUAAACAAGCCACUGUGGUUUGGUUAAACUGCACCAUGUACAGGGCAUCAUUUGCCUAAUUACCUGCCCAUGCAUGGCUUGUCAUGUCAUCCGAACCUAAGGCCUGUUGUUGGGUUAUUUGAAGGUGGUUUCCUCUUCAAACAAGCCAUGCCUUCCAGCUUUGGGGAAGUAAUUAGGCAAAUAGCACCCAGCCACCACAUGCUGAAGCUUAAACAAGCCACCAUGAUGUGUUUAUUCCGUGGUGAUUACGUAAACCGGGUCAAUGGAAGAAAGGAACAUUAUGGGGAGAGGAGAAGAUGCAUAAUGCCAUAAAAAUUCACCAAAAAGUUAAAAUAUUUAUAGGGUUGUUGCUCAGAUCUGUUCUUGUAGUAGGACGGAUUUGUUGAAAUCAAGGAAAUUUAAAUUAGUGAUUUAAAUCAGCCAGAAAAAUGAACUUUUCCCCUCCCCUACAGCCUCUCAUAAAAGUUGGUAUUUUAGGGUUUUGCAUAUUACUCUUCUGCAUCUCAAGUAUGCUACCCUAACAGUAUUAGGGUGUGUAAUCCAUCAAGCCUGGCUGCUAAAUGGCAACAGGAAUUGUUUCUGUGGAAACCCCACUGAUGUGAAUAUAAGUUCAUCAGCCACAGUGUUUGGAUGAAAUGCUCCCUUUGUUUCUGUGACUCCAGUGGACCUGUGUGUUCCUAAGGCUAUGCUCCUUGAAACGCUUGCUCUGGAAUAGUGCCAUAUUAUAAGUGGAUAAUGAGUGAAUGUUCAAGCAUGGCAUGCAGAGGAAUGACUUGAUUUUGCUCUCUGUUCUGCUCGGGAAACUUUUAAGUGAAAGCAAUUUGUCUUAAAUAGUUUAUGGCCAACACUGUACAACCUUAACGAAGAGAAAAUUCCCUCCCUGUGAUCACACUUUACUAAUAUAUUCCAUUGGUUAAAUUCUAUCAGAAUUGCCAUAGUUUUCAAUAUGCUACUUAUUUCCAAUAUCUUAAAUGGAAUAGUCUCCCCUCCUCCCUAUCUCUUGCUCUUCAGGCAAUGUGAAUCUAACUUUCCAUUUCACAGAUGCGUGAGAGAAAGAGGAGGACGUCCUAUAGUUCUGGUUUGUGUUUAGACCCUUACAAAUGUCUUUUGGAUUCCUAAAGCACAGUUUAAUGUGACAAUCAUGUGAUGUUCAGGCCUGCAUGCAAUUAGACAUGCACACUGCUAUUACUGUAAUCCAAUAUGUAUGUCUUGAUCUUCCUUUUGGGAGAUGUCACACGGCAUCGUACCGCUUGGUACCUCCCGCCGCCACUAAUAACGUACCAAAUUCACUGUGUUGGGGAGACUCAAAAGAAAUAGAACUAUACUUUUGUUUUGAGUGAAGCAUCUGAUACAGAAUUCCCCAUCCGUUCCUCUUUUUGGUGGUACCAGAAUAAAAUGAUUUGGGAUACAAAGCAUAGCACCCAGAGGAGUGACCAUCCUGGUUAUAUUGCAGACAGAAAUAUGUAGAUGCUGUGCUGUGUUGUACUCUAUUUAGCAAAAAACAACCCAUAAUGCCUUUAAUGAUAUGGCUCCUUUUUAAAGUUAAGCUGGUAAAGGCACAAGGAUUGCUGCCCAUUAAAUGGAAAUUUCUGAGUUCAGAUGCUCCCAAAAACCCUAUGCCCUGCCAGGCUGUUGCUGGGAGGAGGACAGGGGUGAUCCCUCAUCCUGUCACUCCUGUUCAAAACAAACACUAAACUAGACAUGCCUCUGAGCCUGUCCAACAGUGGGUGGGGAUAUGCGAUGAGAGCCAUAGGGUUCUGCAGAUCCUGGCCUCACACCUCUGAGCCUGUCCGGCUCACUGUCAGUGGGUGGGGAGGGGCGACAAGAGGCCAUGGGAUUUUGCGGAUUCUAGCCUCACAGCUCCCCUCCCUGGCCACCAGAACACCUCCUUUUUGACCUCUAUGCUGUUGUCCAAAAGCAGCCGCCAUGGUUGUUUCUACAAUACCUGUGAGGUGAGAGGGGAAGGGAUCCAAUAUCAGUUUUCCCCUCCUGAGGUUGCAGAAGUAUCUACGGCCUCGGGAGGGGAGAUCCAAAAUAUCCUAUGGUCCUUGGGACCCUCUCCCAGGGCCGCUAGGAUUGCUCUGCCCAUUACUUUUUAAAAGACUUCUUUUUUUACAAGAGCGUCUGCCUGAAGGUUCUUGGAGCAGGGCGGGUGUCAGUAGGAGGAUAAUCCUUUCUAUAGAAAGCACCUUAGAAAUAAGUUUGGAUGGAGGGGAAGUCUUUAUUCUGAACACCUUUUAAAUACUUUUAAUUUUUUAAAAAAAUUAGGGAAGUGUGUGAUUUUGUAAAGGGUAGAGAUUUGGAAAACCAUCGUAGUUCCAGGUGGUGCUGAGCAAGUAUGUUCAGUAAUUAUUUAAGAUCUCAAACUAGCUUCAGUUUUGAAAAGGCUGUGUUAAAAAAUUCUGAAAAGCCUGGCUAUUCUAAGAUUAUUUCUCAGGGCAAUUUGGCAUGAGGCCUAUAGCUAGAAAUGGAGGGAAGCUAGUCAAAUGUAAUAUGCAGAAAAUAAUUCUGUAACUGAAAAUUGGGGGGGGGUUGGUUUUCAAGGCCGCUGUUUGAGUGUCCGUCUUUUCUUUUUAAAGAUCUGCUAGUAGUAUGUGUUCCACUUUCAACUAGGUUCCAAAACUGAACAAAUGUAACUGUUUAAAUUGAGUUCUAAUGAGUUUUAAUGAAAAUUUCUCAAUAUAUGCAGAUGAUCAAACUGGAUACAUCAGUGUUAUUGUCCUGACCAGGCCAGCUAGGGGGAAAGAGGAAGUGAACCAAUUCCCCUGUGAGCCUCCUAUGCUGGAAGUCUCUUUGGUAGUCCUGGGCAGUUGAUUUAUCGUAGCAAUGCAGCAGUGAGCCAGGGUUUGGGAAAUCUUAACAUAGAGCAGGGCUGGGGCAACUUGUGGCCCUCAACUCCCAUCAGCCCCAGGCAGCAUAGCUAAUGGCGAGGGAUCCAUGGGAGUUGUAGGCCAAAACAUCUGGAGGGUCACUAGGUGCCCACACCUGACAUAGGAGAUGAGUCCAGAACUCCCUUCAUGAUCAUGUUCCAUAUUAUCAGCUUCAGGAAAGUGAUGCUUCCCCUCAGCAAAGAAGUGCAAAUGCUUGGUGAGGUGACAGUGGUGUAUCUAAGGCCAUCACACAUCUGCUCAGGCGGUUGCAAAAGAGGUCAGCAAGCUCUGGUCCUGAAAGAGAUCAAGAGUACUGAAAAAUUUAUAUUGUGCCAGCCCUCUUUAUUUUGAGUAGUUGCAUUCUUUUAUAUACCGGUAGUUGUCUUAUGUAUAUAUAAAGUAUGCAUUUUCAUACCAGUGGUUGCCUUAUGUAUAAAGUCAGUUGUAGAAUGUACAACAGCUAUAUGUACAUUUCCCGUUAAAUGUAUCUAAAGUGAUGCAUAUAACUUUGUAAAUAAGAAUAAACAGUACAUAUGGUGAUCAUUAAUCUGACUCUUCACAGAGGGAAGAUAUUACCAAAUACAUUAAUUAACAAAGAGGUUCUUUAUGUUUGAAAUCCAUUUGAAUAUUUGUCAAAUGAUUAUUUUGCAGAGCAAAAUGGGGACAAAUGUUUUGUAACUAUUUUUUAUAUUGCAAUAAAAAUUAUUGAAAUCUGCA